AUAAGAGAGAGAAACAAGAACACCUUCUUCUUCCUUGUUCAUUCAUGCAAUGCUUAGCAGAUACACAAAACCAAAACCCUACAGUUUCCACACCAAUUUCAAUCUCAAUUUUUGAUUUGAAUAAUAUUGUCUAUCGAUUAACCGAAAUCUAAUCAAUCCGAUUAAUUUUAUUGUUAUUUGAUGCAGGAUAUAUUUCAAAUCAAAAUUCCUCUACACAGUGGUAGAGAUAGUGAAGGGAUCGAAGAAACACUUGCGGAAUUUGUCUUUCUGAAUUGCAAAAUGGCAGCAGUAGCAGCAGCUAGGGCUUGUAAUUCUAGUAGUAGUAUUACUGGUAGUUAUCCACCACAAGUGGCUUCGUCAGGAGAAAAGGCAAGUAGGAAUAAGAGAAAAUUCAGGACGGAGACGCCUUUAGGUGAUGGGAACAAGCUUGGUUUGUCAUCUCAGAUUGAAUGUGUUAAUGGUUUUGAAGCUCAAAAUGCUUUGAGUCAUGAACAUGGUGGUUGCGACUUAUGUAGUCAUCAUAAACAAGAGCAUACUGAGAUUUUUAAACCCGAGAUUAGAAUAUCAUGUGGUCCUGGUUUACCUUCCGAGGUUGUUGCUAGUAGGUUGAAAGAGGAUCAAGAGUCAGAGGAGUUUCACGAUGCCGAUUGGAGUGAUCUUACCGAGGGUCAACUUGAAGAACUUGUUUUGAACACUUUAGAUACAAUUUUUAAGAGUGCGAUUAAAAAGAUUAUUGCGUGCGGGUACAGUGAGGAAGUUGCUAUGAAAGCUAUUUUCAGAUCUGGUCUUUGUUAUGGGUACAAAGAUACUGUUACAAAUAUCGUCGAUAAUACCUUAAACUUCCUUAGGAAUGGACAAGAGGUUGAUCCUUCAAGAGAUCAUUUCUUUGAGAAUUUAGAGCAGCUUGAGAAAUAUAUACUGGCCGAGAUGGUUUGUGUGCUCCGGGAGGUUAGGCCUUUUUUUAGUACUGGUGAUGCAAUGUGGUUGUUGUUGAUAUGUGAUAUGAACGUGAAUCUCGCCUGUGCAAUGGAGGGUGACCCUUUCAGUAUUCUAGGCCCUGAUGAGAACCCUGGGUGUAGUUCCUCCAGCUCCACUCUAUCUCAUCUGGAAUCAGAUGGUAUUAGUUUGGACACUCAAACGUCCAAUGCCGAUAAACAAGCUGAAAUCCCAACAGUUCCAGGCAUUUCCAAGUUACCUAAUCCAAAGAAUCCAGUUGUGCUUGAAGGGCUGCCACCAGAGAAAUCUAAUUCAAGUCAUACAUCUGAUGCUAAGGAGAAAUCUUCGGGUUCUGGUGGCGAUCGUAACCAAACAAGUUCUCAGUCUUCUGGCCAAGAAGACAACCCAGUGUUGUUAUCAGGGGGUGGUAGGAAGGGACAUUCUCAUACAUCUAAGAGAGAAUCCAUACUUCGACAGAAAUCAAUUCAUCUUGAUAAGAAUUAUAGAGCUUAUGGACCUAAAGGGGUCAUGAGAACAGGCAAGCUCAGUAGCUUGGGGGGUUUGAUCUUGGAUAAGAAACAUAAAUCUAUCUCAGUUACCGAGACUAUCGGGGUGGAUUUAAAGCAUGCUUCCUUGAAGAUCAGUAAAGCAGUGGGUGUUGAUCUAACUCAACCUGGUGGGACCCUUAACAUUACUGCCCCUUUGUCUUUUGCCCAAAGAACUGGGAGUACCAAAACAAAACCGGAAGCCAAAUGUUCAUUACCUAAACACCUAUUACCUAAAGCCAAUACUGAGCUUUCUCUCUCAUCCUCACCUCCACAGAAAAAUGCCUCUUCAAAAAGCCCUAGUUCCAGUACUGCAACACCUAAUUACAACUUUUUGAGCAUUCCCUAUGAUAAAACCUUAGGUCAGUUUGUCCCAGAAGAUGAAAAGGAUGAGAUGAUUCUAAAAUUGGCCCCAAGAGUGAGGGAACUGCAGAACCAGCUUCAAGAGUGGACAGAGUGGGCGAAUCAGAAGGUAAUGCAGGCUGCGCGAAGGCUAAGCAAAGACAAAGCCGAGCUUAAGACCCUGAGGCAAGAGAAAGAAGAAGUGACUCGUUUAAAAAAAGAAAAGCAAACAUUGGAAGAGAACACCAUGAAGAAGCUCUCAGAAAUGGAUUCGGCAUUAGGUAAGGCUACUGGGCAGGUUGAGCGGGCUAAUAUGACAGUUAGAAGGCUUGAGGCGGAGAACUCAGAGCUAAGGCGGGAGAUGGAGGUUGCUAAAGUAAAGGCUGUAGAGUCAGCUGCUAGCUGUGUAGAAGUGUCUAAAAGGGAGAAAACAACCCUGCAGAAAUUCCAGACUUGGGAUAAGCAGAAAACCUUGUUCCAGGAAGAGCUAGUGAGUGAGAAGCGCAAGCUUGCUCAGCUGCAACAGGAGGUUGAACAUGCUACCGAUGCUCGUGAUCAAAUGGAGGCUAGGCGGAAGCAAGAAGAGAUGUUGAAGGAAGAAUAUCUUGCACAGGCCAGUUCCAUAAGAAAAGAACGACUGCAAAUUGAGGCUUCAGCAAAGUCGAAAGAGGACAUGAUUAAAAUGAAAGCAGAACAGGAUCUCCAAAGGUAUAAAGAGGAUAUUCGGAAGCUGGAAACUGAAAUUGCUCAGAUUAGAUUGAAAAACGACUCCUACAAGAUCGCUGCUUUGAGACGGGGCAUUGAUGGAAGUUAUGCGAGCCGCCUGACAGAUGGAAAAAAUGCUCUAAUUGUCAAGGGAGGAACCAACCAGACCCAGCACAUCUCUGGAACGAUGGACGAUUUUAAUGAUUACUCGGGGAGCAGAGAUGUGAAACGCGAAAGGGAGUGCGUAAUGUGCUUGUCUGAGGAAAUGUCAGUGGUUUUCCUCCCAUGUGCUCAUCAAGUUGUUUGCACAAAAUGCAAUGACCUCCAUGAGAAGCAGGGAAUGAAGGACUGCCCUUCUUGUAGGACUCCUAUCCAGCGGCGUAUUCCUGUACGCUAUGCUCGCUCUUAGCUUUACUCUUCACCUAUUUUGCCAACUUUUUGUUUAGUUGAGUAAAAUCUUCAAUAAUGGUUUGCUGGGACUUUUUGGAAAUGAAUAACCCCUCAUCCGAAGUAUCUCUUUAUGGAGAGAUAAAAACAUUGAAGUUCCCUUAUGAAAAUCUCAGUUGUCAUUUUGGUUUGGAAA